AUGAAGACUUCAUUAUUAUCCCUUGGUGCAAUUGCAUUAUCUCAAUUCUUCACUGGAGUUUCUGCAGCAGAAGGAGAAACUAUAAUCUCGGAUGAUAUCAAAAUCAAUGCUCAGUGUCAUCGUAAGACCCAAGUUGGGGAUACCAUUAGUGUCCAUUAUGAAGGUAAAUUAGAAGAUGGUACUGUGUUUGAUUCUUCUUAUGGUAGAGGACAACCAUUAUCAUUCCCAAUUGGACAAAGACGUGUUAUUCCAUGUUGGGAACAAGGAUUAUUAAAUAUGUGUCCUGGAGAAGUUAGGGAAUUAACUUGUCAACCUAGUGCUGCUUAUGGUGAAAGAGGAAUCGGUCCAAUUCCACCUAAUGCUGUUUUGAUCUUUAAGGCUGAAUUGGUUGAUAUUGCUGGAGUUGAUGUUGCUGAACCAAAGACAGAAGAACAAGCCGAAGAAGAUGAAGGUGAACAAGAAGAUGAUGAAGGAGAACCAGAACAAGAACCAGUAGAAGAAGAUGUUCCAAAGGAUGAAUUGUAG